AUUGAUUUUGGUCUAACUGUCAAAAAAUAGUAAUAAUUAACGCAAUAAGGCAUUUCCUCCGAUAUAAAAAAGUAUUUUAUCCAUCAUUCGAAAAGCAUCACCUCAUCCAUGCAUACACACACACACACACGUACACCUACACACAUGACACACUGGCCAAACAACAACAUGUCACAGGCCGUCAGUGACAGCAGCAGCAGCACAAAAACCCCUUCAUCUUGGUUGUGUGUGCGCGGAGAGUGAUACCAGCGAAACUGCUUACGUCAUAAAAGCAAUCGAAACACGAAAGUAUUACUCGGUCGGCAGCAGGGAAGCCAGUCCGCGGCGGUGCACCAGUACGCGAGCAGAUCGUUUCCUCCGGCGGGGAAGAAGAACAAGCCAGCCAACGGGCCAAUUCGUCACCGAACGGGAAGCUGCACCGAGCCCUGCACAGCGGGAAGGGAAAAUCGCCUCGCCUUUUGUGUACUCUGCACACACACACACGCGCGCGCGCGCCUCCAAUGAUCGCAAACGCGGUGAAAAGCGCAUCCGGAUAGAGGGAGACAGAGAGGGGUCAUUGUCGCCAGGCCGAGCAGGCCAAAACUGGGCCAAACGCCCCCCCCCCGCCGUCUACGUCGUUUGCACCUGGUGGCCCUACCGCCUUCCUCACUCUGCUUCUCGGCCACCCCAAACCUCACUUUUCUUCCCGACCACAUCCACAGGGCGGAGGAGAGCGAAAGCACACACCGUUGAAUGUCUGUGCGUUUGUGCGUGUGAAAAACAAAAACAACAACCAAUCGUAUUUUCCGUUCCUCCGCUUUCCUAGAGAAGGGUCGUUUCCACCCCCCCCCCCCCUCUGCAAAAGGAGCAUAAACACACAUACAACACCCACCUUCCCACUACAGAAGAGGAAAAGGCGCUGCAAACGAUGGGCGAACCGGAGUACGAGAGCGUGGUGCUGGUGAAGCAGGAGGUGUUUGUGUACAAAAUUCCGCCGCGCCAGAGCAACCGGAGCUACCGGGCGGCCGACUGGAACCUGCUCGACCCGAUCUGGACCGGGCGGCUGCGGAUGGUCGCCAAGGGCCGGUCGCUGUGCGUGAAGCUGGAGGACAAGACGAACGGCACGCUGUUCGCGAACUGCCCGAUCGAGAGCUACCCGGGCGUGGCGAUCGAGGCCGUGUCCGACAGCUCCCGGUACUUCGUGCUGCGCAUCCAGGACGGCAACGGGCGGACCGCGUUCAUCGGGCUCGGGUUCGGCGACCGGUCCGACUCGUUCGACAUGAACGUCGCGCUGCAGGACCACUUCAAGUGGGUGAAGAACGAGGAAAAGAUCGAGAAGGAAAAGGUGGAACCGAAGCAGCAGCUCGAUCUCGGCUUCAAGGAGGGCGAAACGAUCAAGAUCAACAUGAAGAUUACGAAAAAGGACGGCUCGGAGGCCUCGUCCCGACUGACCGGGAAGAAAACGGGCGCGGGCGGUUUGCUACCGCCGCCACCGGGCGGCAACAAGAUCAGCCCACCCCAGGCGAGCUCACCUUCGCAUCAGCCCGCCGCAUCAUCGACGGCGGCCGGCGGCGGCCAGACCGAGUGGGGCGAAUUCACUUCCGCUGGGGUGCAAAGCACAGCGGCAGAUGCUGCGGCCGCCACACCGAGCAAAACCAACGCCAACUGGGUACAGUUUUAGGAAGGUGGGCGUACUCUGUGCGAGGGCGGUUGGACCCCAGCGAGAUUCACGCGGGGGUAUGGGCAAAACAUUGCAACAACUGCUUAUAAAAAAGCUAAAAUGGUUUGAGUCCCCAGUAAGUAGUGGAGGAUGAUGGUCAGCUGCGACUGGCGGCUGUAAAAACGGGGGAAAGGGAAAAAGGGAGCAGAAACGGUUCGUUGCAAAAGUAUGUAAAACGGUGCAACACUGUACUUUAAGACGGAACUUGGCUAGAAGAUAGUAUGAUAUCGAACGUGCGUGAUCUUUAAGUUUAAAAAUCUAGAACCACACACACACACACACACACACACACACACACACACACACACACACACACACACACACACACACACACACACACACACACACACACACACACACACACACACACACCAACACAUACACUUUAAUAGAAACGGAUAAGCAUGAAUACACCGUGAAAAUCAGUGAGCGGACAAGGAUGGAAAACACUCAUCGAGCGCAACAACAAAAAAACGUGGAAAACAGAAACCAAUCACAGUCACACACACACACACACACGUAGACCCGUGCGAUUAGAAUAGAAUGACGUAGCAGAAUAAUAGUACGCGGGGAUGGCGCGCGCAUAUUGUAGGAAUUCACGCACUGAUCGCGCACGUGUGUGGUGCUCAUGUCCUGAUGUUUCUUGUCGCAGGAAAAGUGGCGGAAAAUUCGCUCCCGCGUACCAAUAACACACACAGACACACGCGCGUAUCGUUCUCAGCAUAUAUAUAUAAUAUAUACAUAUAUACACAACCACACGCAUAUACAUAUAUAUAUUACUGGAAAACGCUUAUGUAUGUAUGGGGCUGAAGGCGCGUGUGAGCUCUAUAGUCGUGCAUGUGUCGCUAGCUGCAUAUGUAUAUACCACAUAUACACACGUAACCCCUAGCAAGAGAGAUAAAAAAAACUAUAUAUGUGUAUGGGUAUAUAUAUAUAUAUAUACAUAGGAAAUAAUAGAAUUGUUUAAAAUUGAACUUUACGUUGGGGGGCACAAGAGAAAACCCUCGAAGCAAAGAAGCCGUUACUAGGAAAAGGCGCCCUUUAGGCAAACAGUAGGAAGCUCUGCAGCUGUGGGGCAGAGCAGGCAAGGGCGGGAAAGAAGAUGAGAUGAGAAACACAGUUGCAGCGCUAGCUAUAUUAUACAGGUGUAGUAGAAAUUUUGGACAGAACGAAUGAGAAAGGAGAAAAAGCAAAAGAAAAAACUCAGAUUUACAUACUUAUUGUUGCUAUUGAGAUACAAGAAAAAAAAAAACAAAUACUAUCUCCCAUAACCCACUCAUUCCUUCUCCAUAAAUCCCUUCUUGCCCCUACCCACUUCCCUUCGCGUAGCGAAAGCUGGCAAGUAUAUAUGUUAUCUAAUAUUGUAGUGCGCAAAAAAAAAAUUAGUAACGAGGGCAAAGAGAGAGAGAGAGAGAGAGAGAGAGAGAGAGAGAGAGAGAGAAGGAAAAAGGCAAAAAACGAAAACAAACCCCGCUCAAAACCGAGCACCGUAAACGCGUUUACUAUCCCGGGUUAAGUAAAUUAGUGGCUGUUAUUUUAACGAUAUUUCGCUACGGCUGGCCCCGACCGACGGGGGAGGGGGCAAAACGGAAGCAAAAGCGGCGCAGGGUGAUAAAGGGAGAAGAGAGGCGGUGGUGGUUACGCGAUAAAGAUCUGCUGCCCCAGACAAACCUGUGUAGGGUAAGGGCGCGCGCGCGCGUGCGUAUCACUGUUAGCCAGUCGUGUCGCUUUUGUGCUUUUCUCGCAUUAUUUUUUCUUCUUUUUUGUGCCGCCGCCGUGUCCUUUUUCCAUGACGAUGUAGCGCAUCGAUCGACUGCAACAUUUUAACCACCGUGCCCCCCCUGCAGCAGCCCGGCUCUUGCGCAGCGCAGAGUAGGGGGUUGGGGUUGGACCGGGGGACGUGACUUAGGCAUUCCAUAGCAUUUUCGACGUUUCUCGUUUCGUGCGCUUUUAGUUGUCGUUCUUUGUUGAAAAAGCAUUUCCUUUUUGUACGUGUUCUUAUAUAUUGUGAGUUUAGUUUUUUUGUUUGUUUGUUCGUGUUUUUCUUUUUCUCUCUGAUACCGAGACGCGGAAAAAGCUAGAAGUUGUUUUGCGCGGUUUCGGUUGCACGUUGCAAACGUUGAUUAUAUAUAGAUUUAAAACGGUAUACAAUACGGAUAUGGAUUUGUUCGUUUUGCUUUCCGGUGAAGAUUCGUGCUAACGUCGAUGAACUCCGCGCGCUAGGGGUAUAAUCUCUCCCGCAAGCCCAUAUAACACCCCUAGGGAGUUGAUCGAUUGUUUGUUUGUCUUGUCGGAACAGGGCCGCGUCUGAGAUUGCAGGAAUGUUCGAUCCAUCUUAGAGCGAGGGUGUGGUGCGAGCGCCCUUUUCGGUCGCGGGUUAGGAAAUCGAUCGCCUUGGGAAGAUGGCGAGGGGAACCGAACGGAGGUGGAACGAAGCGAGAGCAGAAAGUAUAUGUAAUGAAACGAAUAAAAACGCAAUUGUAUAGUUGGAUCACCAAAACACACCCA